ACUUCCUUCAAUUCCUUUACCUCUCAAACAGAAGAAACCCUGUGAAACUCCAUUGAAUCCACCUUGUCAAGAUGGCUAUGAGCAACAAUGUCAUCGGAGCCAUCAACUUUGUUGGUGUUCUCCUUUCCAUUCCAAUCAUAGGUGCAGGAAUCUGGCUCAUGAAUGAACCUGACAAUGCUUGUGUUAAGAUACUUCAAUGGCCUGUCAUCAUUUUGGGUAUAGUGAUCUUGGUUGUAGCACUAACAGGUUUCAUUGGAGCUUUUUGGCGCAUUCCUUGGCUCCUCAUCUUCUACCUUAUUGCAAUGCUUAUCCUUAUAAUACUGCUAGCAUGUCUAGUAGUAUUCAUUUAUAUGGUCACUAUUAAGGGUUCAGCUCACAUUGCUCCUAGUAGAGCCUAUCUGGAGUAUCAUCUUGAUGACUACUCCGGUUGGCUACGACGAAGAGUGCAGAGUUCUUUCAAGUGGGAUCAGAUUCGAAAUUGUCUUGGCUCCACCAGCAUGUGUUCAGAAUUGAAUCAGAGUUACCAUUUUGCACAGGAUUUCUUCAAUGCACGCCUUACCCCCUUACAGUCCGGAUGCUGCAAGCCACCGACCCAAUGCGGGUACACGUUUGUGAAUCCGACAUACUGGAUUAGUCCGAUAUAUACCGCGGCCGACAUGGAUUGCUUGCAGUGGAGUAAUGAUCAAACCCAACUUUGUUAUGCCUGUGACUCAUGCAAAGCAGGUUUACUAGCUAAUCUUAAGAAGGAAUGGAGGAGAGUAGAUGUCAUCUUAGUCAUCACUCUGAUUGCUCUGAUAUGUGUUUACUUGAUGGGUUGUUGUGCCUUCAGAAAUGCUAAGACUGAAGAUCUGUUUCGUAGAUACAAGCAAGGUUAUACUUAGUGAU